AUGGCAAUUUUAAGGAAAAGACCACUGGUAAAAGCUGAAAUUUGUUCGAAGUCAGAACUCUUAUCUGGGAAAAGAACUAAAAUCAAGCAAGAAGAGGUCAUUCCUCAACCCGUGGAUAUUGACUGGAUCAAAUCUCUGUCAAAUAGGGAGUACUUCGAAUGGAUUGUGGUCAGAAACGGCAAUGUGCCCAACAGGUGGGCCAAACCACUAGACUCCUCUAUCUUCCUCACGCCGGCGUCGACAAAGAUUCCGUACAAGUUUCAAGAAACAUACGCUAGAAUGCGGGUAUUAAGGUCCAAAAUUUUAGCACCUGUCGAUAUAAUUGGUGGCUCAUCCAUCCCAGUAACGGUAGCUUCCAAGUGUGGUAUCUCGAAAGAUCAGAUAUCGCCGAAAGACUACAGAUUGCAAGUACUGCUUGGGGUGAUGCUAUCAUCGCAGACAAAGGAUGAAGUCACCGCUAUGGCAAUGCUUAACAUAAUGCGAUACUGCAUAGAUGAACUACAUAUCAAACAGGGUAUGACAUUAGAAGCCGUCUUACAAAUCAAUGAGACCAAACUAGACGAAUUGAUUCAUUCAGUUGGAUUUCACACAAGAAAGGCCAAAUACAUCUUGUCCAGUUGCCAGAUCCUCAAGGAUCAGCAUUUGGGUGAUGUGCCAGCUACAAUAGAUGAACUUUUGGCCCUACCUGGUGUGGGGCCUAAAAUGGCAUAUUUGACGUUACAAAAGGCAUGGGGUAAGAUUGAAGGUAUUUGCGUUGACGUUCAUGUGGAUAGGUUAACCAAGCUUUGGAAAUGGGUAACUCCGCAAAAAUGCAAGACCCCAGAUCAAACAAGAAUUCAGUUACAAAGUUGGCUGCCCAGGGGUCUCUGGACAGAAAUAAAUGGGUUACUGGUUGGGUUUGGACAAAUUGUCACGAAAUCGAGGAACCUUCGUGACUUGUUAAAAUUCUUGCCCUCAAAUGAUCCAAGGAAUUUCUUGGAUUGGGAUUUGCAGUCUGAAUUAUACAAGGAAAUCCAGGAGAAUAUUAUGAGUUAUCCAAAAUGGGUAAAAUACCUCGAAGGAAAGCCUGAGUUGGUUGUGGGUACGAAGGUUAACGCUGAGCAUGGAGAACAAGCAAAUGAAAAAACUAUGGUCAAAUUAGAAGAUGAUAUUUCUGUAAAGGUAGAAGACUAA